GCGAUGAAUCGGGAGACUGCAUGAAUGAAUGCCAGUGGCUGCAUGGCCUGACUGGCUGACGACUAAUGCCUGGGCAAGGGGAUUGCGUCGUGCAUAAUUUCGCGACUUUUAUGGUCGGAUCUUCCUGCAUGCUGUUUGUCUUUCUUACAAUUCCCUUACCUUGUCUUUUCUUCGUGCGCCAUUCUUUGACCUAUUUUUUUGGUCAUUCACACAUUCUCUUCAACCACUUUCCUUUGGACGCAGGGCGACCUUGCUCAAACUCUCCUUUCUUGCCUUUCAAGUGAUUCUUCUGUGAAGAUCACGUUCGCUGCGAACCCCAACGCUUACAUUCUUUACCGAAAACCCUAUAUUCCGAAUCUCCAUCUAUAUCAGAAAUGCGCUUCUCAACUUACUCCACCGCGAGCGUGUUGGCCGCUUUGGCCUCUGCUCAAACCUUCACCGAUUGCAACCCUAUGGAAAAGACUUGCGCCAAUGACCCUGCCAUGCCUCAAACCUGGGAGACGGACUUCACUGCUGGCAAGGAUGCUAUCAAGGGCUGGAAGCAGACUGCAGGUGACCUCACCUAUGGACCAGAGGGAGCCGAGUUUACCGUGGCCAAGAAGGGCGAUGCCCCAACCAUUGGCUCUGAAGGAUAUCUCCAUUUCGGUUACGUCGAAGUUGUCAUGAAGGCCGCUCCGGGUACCGGCAUCGUUUCAUCUAUCGUUCUCCAGUCUGACAACUUGGAUGAGGUCGACUGGGAAUGGAUUGGAGGCGUCGACAGCCGUGUGCAAAUGAACUACUUUGGCAAGGGUAACACAACAACCUACGACCGCAUGAUCGAAGCCGACGUGGUCAACAACCAAAAAGAGUUCCACAAAUACGCCCUAAACUGGACCUCAUCAGCCCUAACCUGGAUCAUCGACGACAAGCCCAUCCGUACCCUCAACUUCGCCGACGCAAACGGCGGCAAAAACUUCCCCCAAACCCCUUGCAAUGUCCGCCUCGGCAACUGGCCCGGCGGCGACUCCAAAGACGAAGGAACCCGCCAAUGGGCCGGCGGCAACGUCACCUACGAGAAUGCUCCCUUCACCAUGACGGUCAAGAGCGUAAAAGUCAUCAACUACUCCCCCGGCAAAGAGUACGAAUGGACCGACAAAACCGGUAGCUUCCAAUCCAUCAAGGUCCUCGACGCCGGCAACAAAGACGGCGCCCCCAUCAACGCUUCUCCCAUCACCAAGCCUGUAAAUGGCACCCAGCCCCCCCUCGAAGCAGGCGUCGACGCCCCUGCUGCGAGCGGCGAGGCAGGCUCAGGAAGCGGAGCAGACAAAGAAGAGCCAUGUGACUGUGGAACUGCAUACGUAACCGUCACCGCGCCUCCUCCUGGCGCCUCUGCUCCUCCUGCUACCACCGCGCCUCCAGCCACCAUCACGUCGACUUACGACGCUGUCCCCAUUGAGAGCGCAAAGAGCAUGUUGUCCUCUAUCAUUCGCUCUUCGUCUGCUGGUCUGGCGAUUGAUACCAGGUCCGCACCUGGUGUACCCAUGCCUACUGCGCCCACUGGUGCGAUUCCUCUGCCCCAAACUAACGGCACUGGAACAGCGGUUGCGCCGCCACAGUUUACGGGUGCGGCGGGUAGGGUUGCUGCUGGGGGGUUGGUUGGUGCGAUUGUCGGUGCGGUGGUGAUGGUGUUGUAAAUUUGAGGAAUGAGGUAGGGUGGAGAAUGUAUGUGAGACAUGGUUGAUGUAGAUUUUUUUUUGGAUAUACAUAGAGAAACUUACGUUCGUUAUUUUAACUUUUUCUGUAAAUACUUAAUUUCGAUGAAGGGACCCCAUUUUUCGGGCAGCUUUUUUUUUGGAUGUGAAGAUUGGCUUUCUCUUCUGCUUUUCUUUUCUUUUUCUUUUCAAAACGUCUUUUGGGGUUUUGAGAUGUGGGGGGUGGAUGAUGAUGUGUUUGUCCACUGCUGUACAGUGAGUCGGUACGAAUGAAUAAGUGUGUAACUAGCAAUCCUAAGUUGCUAUGGAUCGGGGAGAACUGACGAUUGCAUUCCCC